AUGCAACCCAAUCAAAAAGAAAUAAUACAGUUGACCCCAACUUUGCCAGCCUUACAGCAAGUUGUCAGAUCCAAUCAUGGCUUUUCUUCGAUACAUUUAGACUCUUCAAAUUCACUUAUCUCUCGCGAAAAAAAUGAAAAUGACACGAACACUUCUGAACAUCUUAGAAAUAACGGCGAACAACAAACUUGUGAAGUUGUCGGCUUUCAGGAUCAACCUUACAUAUCGAAACAGGUUGUACAUCGUAAGAAGACAUCGAGUUGCCAGAGAAUAUUCAAACAUGAAAGUGUCUCAAUUGAACCAUCAUAUAGAAAGAUUGAAGAAAUUCCUAAUUUUAGGGUAAUGAAUAAAAGUAAAGGUACUAUCUUUGGUCCUCAGCUGGCAGAAUUUCCCAACGAAGUGCUAACGCAAAUUUUUUCCUAUCUACCCGCAACCUCGCUUUCGAUUGUAUCACUAGUGUCGAAGAGAUUCCACAUUCUAGCCGCUACAUCUCAUGUUUGGCGUAUUGCUUUCUCUCGAUUUUUCUCAUGUCAAGAUGCUGUCGACGAUUCUGUCGCUGCUAAUAUCUCAAUCUCUAGCUUAUGCGGUCAGCAAAAAAUUCGAUCUGAGAUACGAUUUUUCUGCAGACUAACAUGUCUUCCAUCCUGGCGCAGUGAGUAUAUUACUCGAACAAAACUGAUACGUUGUAUCAGAAGGGGUAGACCGUUACAAAUCACAAAAUCUGCUGGCAUAUUUUCUCAGUCUCAAAAUUCUCCAGGCAAUAUCACUGCUGUAGUGACUUUUAGUUCUGGGCUCAGAACUGCCGUUAAGCGUAUUCAUGCCAUUUUUGGUUCUGAGGGCUCACCUCGUUUUAUUCACGGAACUAAUGAGCCUGGAUCUGCAACUCUCAGUAAUCCAAGCACAGGGAAAGUUGGAGAUUGGGGUCUAUCACAAAUCCACGAAAUAUCACAGUUUUCAGAAAUUUGGACAGGUCGCCAACCCUAUGGCCUCGACGAUAAUGUUAUAGGAGCUCCAAAUCCUAUGGAAGUAAGUCAACCAUACGGUAUGAUUGUUGGCGAGUGUCUUCCCGGCGGAAAACUUUACUUUCGAGCUUCGGAUGAAAUUCGUGGUAGAUUUCUUCCUAUGACAACUAAGCUCGUAGAUCAUGAAACAGGUAUUCCUGCAAUACCAGAGAUGAAUGAUGGGAUUUCCGCAGUAUGGAUAGCAAAAUCCAAAUCGGUUCCUACAGUCACCAAGGGCUUAAUAGGCAUGUUUUGUGGCUCUACAUUGGGUAUUGUUACAGCCUACUCUCUGGGGCAUGAUAAUUCUCUUGAGAGACGGAUCCCAAGAGGCACUAUCACAGCUAGGUGGGCUCUUAGUCCUGGAGUACCAAUUAUAGCCUUAGAGAUUGAUGAAUCUUUCAACAUAAAACGGAAGUCUAAUGGGCGUGUUUGGGCAGUCGCGCUUAACGCUUUGGGUGAGGUUUUCUACCUCACAGAAUUACCUUCGUCUAUUUUAAUUCAUCAAAAACUUGAGAAGAAGGAACAUGAGAGACAAGCCUGGAUAACUGGUCGUACGGUGCAAUGGGAAUUAGUUGAAUCAUCACGCAGAUCUAUUCGAGACAAUCCUUACAAUACGAACAACACCCAAGCAAGAUUUUACUCGAGAUCAUCAUCAAAAAAUUCAAAUUUAUCUCCAGGGCAGCUAAAAAUCGAGACUUAUGAGGUAGAAAAACAGUUUCAUCAUCUUCCAGGACAUUUUCGUAAAACAUUUGAUGGUUGGGAUAUGCGUCGCAGGCUACAUGUUGAUUUUGCAGGUGACGACAAGAACGGAGCCGGAGAGGCAAUAUUUGUCAUCAUGUGUGGAACUUCAAAGAAAUGCCAAUCUAAAAUUGAAAGGUUGACUCGAUAUAAAACUGUGCAAAAAUUUGCUGAAAACGAUUCUUAUGCACAGCUAUCUUCAACUGAGUUAGAAUCUGUACCAAAAUUCCUCAUGACAUCCACUUCUCUAGAAUCUUCAAUUUCAACUCUAAACAUGGAUAAUAUUAGCUCUCCCAAAACAUUAAAAGACUGCACGAAGAUUGCAGUUCCCAAUAAUUCAUUUACUGAAACUGAAGGCAGUGGCGUUAGAAAUGAAUGGCACAUCACUCGUUUUUCAAUGAAAGAAUGGUCGGACGUUGAGAUAAUUUGCAGUGCCAUCGACAUGUCAAAAUAUGCUUUGAUGACAAUUGGAGAAGAUCCGAUCUUUCAUGUGAGAGAGGAAAAGAAUAAAUUUUCUCACAUCAAUGCAGAGUAUUUUGAAUCAAUUCAUUCGUCAUUAAUCCCGGGCCAUCGUGCACGCUUGUUGGCCAUAGGUACUAAAACUGGCUCUCUAAUUUUAUGGAAUAUGCGUGGAAAUCAGUCCACCAACCCACAUAUAAUUAACGAAUCAUCUCCUCUACGUAUGAUUCAGACUGACUCGCCGAAAAUAACAUGUGUUGCUGUAUCUGCUCUACAAGUUGUUCAUGGUGGAAGUGAUGGUCUCGUACAAGCUUGGGAUCCUUUAGCAUCAACUACUCUACCGAUUCGUACUCUCAACUCCCGAUUUUCAUCCCAGACUCGCCGCAGACUAAUACAAGCCGAAGUUUCAACUACAGGCAUGGCAAUCCAACUUCCUGCUGCUGGCUCAAUUGUACUCGACCCAGAUCCGAAUUCUCUACGCGGUAUGGUUUCUUUGGGCACGCAUUUGAGAUAUUGGGCUUAUUCCUCUUCUGAAAAUAAUGAAAGCUAUGGCAAAAAAUUUCGAACGCGCCGCGCAUGUGACGGACUCUAUGAACAUGUUACAGAUAAGUUUACUAAUACUGGCCGUGGAGAGCUACAGGAUUACAUAAACUCAGAGCGAGAAGAGCUGAAGAGAAAUAGGCUACAUCAAAUUCGGGAAGAUUCAUUCUUACGUCGCCGUUUUGGCGUUGGUAUUGGUGAUCUUACAGAAGAAGAGUCGAUUCGGUAUGCAGAAAUGAUCUCUGCAGAAGAAUAUGCGAAAAAUGAACAACUUCACGCGGCCCAAUCCGAACAUUUGGGGAACAAAAACGUGUUAUCUGAUGAUGUCUCUGUUCUUGACAGACAAUCUUCAGAACCUAAUGUUAGGUCUAGUCCCUAUUAUAAUUUUGAGAAAGAUCUCGAAGAAGCCAUACGUCUAUCGCUGAACAAUGAUAAUCUAUAA